GAAUGUCAAUAUGGCGGCGCCCAUCCUGAGAGGCAUGAGAGGUCAGGGCUGGGGUUUGUGCAGUGUCGGAUACCACCAGAUGUUCCGGAGAGAGAUCAGUUUCAAAUUAGAUGAGAAAACAGCCCACAGCAGCUUGGAUUUAUUCAAAAAGGACACUGCUGUCCUCUAUCGCAUGCUGGGGAUUGACCCCACCAGAGUGCCUCGAAACCCUGAACGCUUCAGAGACUGGGCUGUAGUUUUGGGUGAUACCACCAUCUCCAGGGGCUGCCAUUAUUGGGAAGUGACGGUGAAACGAUCACAACAGUUCCGCAUUGGGGUGGCAGAUGUGGACAUCUCCCGGGAGGUCUGCAUAGGAAUGGAUGACAAUUCCUGGGUCUUUGCCUAUGGGAAUCGUUGCUGGAAUGCCAUGUUUGCUAAUGAAACCACUCCAAUCACUAACAUUGGCCAAUCGGAAAGAGUUGGUCUGUUCUUGGACUAUGACCGCAAAAGAUUCAGCUUGGUAGAUAUACGACAACACAUGUUCAUCCACAAUAUGUCGCCAGAGUUCCGAGGUCCCGUGGUGCCUGCCUUUGCUCUCUGGGAUGGUGAACUGCUCACCCACUCAGGCCUGGAUGUACCUGAGAAGCUCAAGCAAAGUUGAAAUCUAUUCAAGAGUGUUGAUACAGAGAUUUUUUUUCUUGGAAGAGCAAGUUCUGCCAAAAUGCUAUUGCCAUAUUACAAUCCAGAGAUUUUCAGGUUUUCAUAAUCUGACCCGCUCUCCUUAUAGGAAAUACCAUAUCUCUUCCUAGCAGAUUGAAAUAUAUUUCAUUUUGCCAUGUCGUAAGAUUUGACUCAGUAAUGGACCAUCGCAUUUAGACCAUCUUGUUUUCUUGCCUUUUUGAGUGAAAUUUGCCAUCCUUUACAAACUAUGCCACAUUGAUCUUGCACUGCUAUUUUGGUUUUGCCAGGAAAAGAUUUUCUUAGGGUUGCUUGAAAAAAAAUGAGCUUUUUAAAAGCAGCUAAUUAUCUGUGUGAUCAGCUGCACCAUUUGAUACCUUACCUUUAUGCCUUUUAAUUAUAUAAAAUAUCCUUUUCCUGUUAGAAGUAUGUGCUCAAGCUUUCAAAUAUUUGAAGAGAUUUCCAUUUUGAUGAGAACAGCGAUUUUUAACACAAAUGAACUAUUGCCUCCUACUGGUGUGGUGGGAAGGCAAAUUAGCUUGGAACUAAGCAGAUGGCAUCUCAUGACUAGUGGAAAUCCAACUCUCCUGAAUUCAUAAACAAUAUGGUGCACAAAUUAAUGUUAUAGGAAUUACUUUAUUAAUACCAGCCCCAGAUCAUCCUGUAACUAGAUUGGUUGAAGGAACAGGAAUCAACCCAAUAUACAUCUGCAGAUACAUAUAUUCAUGAAAAAGGAAUGAUAAAGAAUUUGCCACAGUUUUAUUACAAUCACCAUAGUUAAAAUUAGCUGAAAUCAACAGAUAUUUAAACAGUGUUUUCUUUUUCUUGGUGUUGGAUGUAGCAAGAGCAGUUCUGUAUGCUCUGUUGACCGUAUUGUAAUAAGUAAAAAUAAAAGCAUCUAAAACAAA